AUGGCUCCCCUCACGCUCGGCUACAAUGACAAGCAUCCCUUUGCCCAAGUCCCCAUUACGGAUCGCGCCUCUGUCCAAGAGCUUCUCCGGACGCUGCUCGACCCUCUCGAGCCUUUCUUCUCACCCCAAAAGGCCCGCGUCAAGUGCCCUGGAGCUACGGCCGUCAGAUUCGACCAGACCGCGUCCGAAGUAGAAGGCUUCUUCCGUCCUAUCUGGGGUCUGGCGUGCCUGCUGGCCGGGGGUGGCCAGUAUCGCGGCACAGACUGGUGGGUUCAGGGGAUCAAGGCCGGCACUGACCCAGAAAGCCCCGAGUAUUGGGGAUAUCCUCGUGACAAUGACCAACGCAUGGUUGAGAUGUGCCCUUUUGGAUUCGCGCUGGCCGUCGCACCAGAGUUAUGGAACGGUCUUUCGGAAAAGGAGCAAGUCAAUGUCGAGAAUUGGCUUGGAAACUCUAUCAACGAGAAAAACAUGCCCAACACCAACUGGCUCUGGUUCCGCGUCUUCGCCAACCUAGGACUCAAGCAAAACGGAGCCAAAUACUCAGAGGAACGACUCGAGAGUGACAUCAAGCACCUCGAUACCUUCUACCGAGGAGACGGCUGGUCCAACGACGGUCCUGAGGGCAUCCAUCAAAUGGAUUAUUAUUCCUCCAGCUUCGCCAUCCACUUCCUUCAGCUCCUCUACGCCAAACUCGCCGCCAAGGCUGACCCAUCCCGUGCAAAGGAGUUUAAGCACCGGGCUGAGAUCGCCGCUCUCGACCUCGUCCACUAUCAUGACGAGCUCGGCCGAGCCAUCCCGUUUGGCCGUAGUUUAGUCUACCGCUUCGCCAUGGUCGCCUUUUGGGGCGCCCUGGCCUACGCAGACGUCGACCUGCCGGCUCCCCUAACGUGGGGCAUGGUCAAGGGAAUUGUCCUCCGCAAUUUCAGGUGGUGGCAGACACAGGGUGACAUCUGGACGUCGAGUGGGACGCUGUCUCUCGGGUUUUCGUACCCGAGCAUGUAUAUUACCGAGAAUUACAAUAGCCCUGGAAGUCCUUAUUGGUCAUGUUUAGCUUUCAUCUGCCUGGCAGUUCCAGAGCAGCAUCCAUUCUGGACAUCAGAGGAGGAGCCAAUCAGCCCCCAGAUCCCCAAAAUCAAGGCAAUCCGGCAUCCAGGUCACAUUACCAGUUACCUUGGCGGACAUUGUAUGCUCCUCUCUUCGGGCCAAGCAUGUGGUUAUCCAAUGAAGGCCACCCACGCCAAAUAUGGAGGGUUCGCAUACAGCAGCGCCUUUGGAUACUCGGUGCCCUCCGGGCUCUUCUCCUUGGAGCAAUAUGCCUUGGCGUCGCAGUUGGGGCUUUCAGAUGAUGGUGGCGAAUAUUGGAAGACGAGGAGGCUAUCCGAGUAUGCCGCUAUUGAAGAGCGAGACGGCCAGCCCAUUCUCGUUUCAGUCUGGAAGCCUUUUGCCGAUGUCAAGAUCAAGACAUUAUUGGUGCCCCCUGUUGAAAGCACGCCAAAUUGGCAUCUGCGGGUACAUCACAUCCAAGCUGGUCGGGAGGUCAUGACCGCAGAUGGUGCCUUUGCCAUCCGCAACGUCAACUCCGAGAACGGAAGAUACUUGGAUCUAUACGAUGAAUCAAAGGGCGAGGGAACAAGCCCCAAGAUCAUUGGCAACUAUGAUACCAACACACCGGCUGGCUGGGACACGGGACUCAAUGGUGCCUUUGCGGCGGCCCUGGACAGAGGAGCUGUUGGCAUCAAGGCUCUAGAACCACACGGCCAACGACAGGCCAUGCUUGUGAAUGCUGAUCCCAACACAAAUCUCAUGGAGAGUCGGACAACAAUACCGACCUUGCAGCACAAGAUCCCCCAGGGCCAAGGGGUGUGGUACAUUUCUGCAGUCUAUGCCAAACCAGCGGGCACUGGCGUCCCCAAAGAGAGCUAUCUAGAUGGAUGGAAGAGUCCUCCCACGAUCCCCAACUGGCUAGUCUUGGAGAUGGCAGCAGAUGGCGGGAUGUAA